UUAUUUUAUAGCAAGAGAGAAAGGACCACACCAACCUAAUCCUUCUCGUUUUCGCUCCCCUCUUUCAAUCAAUCUUUGUCUGAAUUUCAUGUCUCCGAUUCAAAGUUCUCUCCUUUCUCUCAAAUUUCAUUGAAUCAAUCUGUUUCUGUUUUGUUUUUCUUCCGUGUUGAUGAAGUAGAUAUAGUUUGGGGACCUAAAACCAGGCAAGUUGACUGAAGUUUCAGCAGAAGAACAAGAGGGAAGAACAAGAGGUGGAUACUUGGUGUAUACCCCCAGCGUUGUUUUUCAGUGCAUUAAAAUGGGUGGUAUGAUCGGGAAAACCGAAACAGUAAAGCAGACCACCCAAGUGUCAAAACUUGAGGCUGAGAUGGUCAAUGCAAUGCAACGGAGGGCAGCUGAAGGGAGCUCUAUGAAAUCAUUCAAUAGCCUCAUUCUCAAAUUUCCAAAGAUUGACGAGAAUUUAAAGAAAUGUAGAUCAAUUUUUCAGCAGUUUGAUGAAGAUUCGAAUGGUGCAAUAGAUCAAGAGGAGCUAAAGCAUUGUUUCAUCAAAUUGGAAAUUUCAUUUACUGAGGAUGAAAUCAGUGAUCUCUUUGAGGCUUGUGAUAUAAACAAGGACAUGGGGAUGAAAUUCAAUGAGUUCAUUGUUCUCCUUUGCUUGGUAUAUCUUCUCAAGGAAUUGGGUGCCGUUCACGGAAAACGGCGCAUGGGAUUACCAGACCUUGAGGCAACAUUUGAGACAUUGGUUGAGGCCUUUGUUUUCUUGGACAAGAAUAAGGAUGGAUAUGUUAGCAGAAAUGAGAUGGUGCAAGCAAUAAAUGAGACUGUUGGAGGUGAGCGGUCGUCCGGUCGUAUAGCCAUGAGAAGAUUUGAGGAGAUGGACUGGGAUAAGAAUGGAAUGGUGACUUUCAAAGAGUUCCUCUUUGCAUUCACUCACUGGAUCGGGUUCGAAGACAAUGACGAUGACGAAGAUGAUGAAGAGUGAAUUUUUACAAUGGAUUUAUCUGACCGAAGGCUCUUCGCAGGGUGUGACCUAGAUUGUGUAAUAAAACAUCAAGGAUCACAAUCUGUUCCAUUUCAUUUGGACAGUUUAUGUGAACAUAAAGGAGCCAAGAAAAAUGACAGCAUCUUAUUUUCAAUUCUUGCUUUAUUUUGUUUGAGCUUUAACUCCUGUGCAAAUUUCCAAAUCAAUGGAUUCAUGAUCUUCAGUUUGA